AUGAGGGAGACGCACUACUGGGUUACGCAUUGGAUUGGAGGAGUAGAAACUGUCACUUUAGGUGAUCAGGAAGCCCGAACUAGAAAUUCUAAGAAAAGCAUUUUUGAGAGGAAAGCUCCUCCAACAUUUCCUUUUUUGAUUGAAAUGAGGGAGACGCACUACUGGGUUACGCAUUGGACAGAAAGGAGUGUGGAUUUGUUUCUUUGUGGGAAAAAGCCAUUGGUUGAGGUCAGGAGAAGGGAUGAGCAGUCCAAGUUUGUGAUAGAAAGAUGGAAAACAGAGGACUGA